AUGAUAUUGGAUUCCAAAGUUACGGAAGCGACUAUCCAAGCAACAUUGCUAAAUGGAUUUUCUGGUGUGUGUGCUCAGGGCAUUACGGCCUACAGAACCAAGUCUUUUGACGAAGUCGAGCUAGAAUCAAUUCUGCGGUUUGUAUUAUACACUGCUCUUGUUACGCCGCCAAAUUACAAAUGGCAAGAAUUCUUAGAGCGCAAAUGGCCGUCUAGAAAGCCAAUAAGCAAAUCCACAUCUGACUUGAAAUCAUCGCAAACGCAAAGCAAAGACGUAGCUAAAGAUCGUCUUAGCUUAACUAAUACGGCGGUCAAAUUUCUCUUGGAUCAGUCACUUAGUGCACCGCUCAAUACGGUGGCUUUCAUCUACCUCAUGGGUGGCAUGACAUUACAGAGUAACAGCCAGAUUUGGGACAAUAUCCAAAACGAUUUCUGGCCCAUGCUAGUUGCAGGAUAUCGUGUAUGGCCAAUUGUUGGUCUCUUGAAUUUGAGUGUGGUGCCUUUUGACUACCGACAAUUAGUUGGCAGUGUAGCUGGACUGUUUUGGGGCAUCUUCUUGAGUCUUAACCAAAUGACGUAG